UUCUUGCUCUCCUCUCCUCUCCUGUGGUAGUCCUGUGGCUUUCUCUGUUCCUUGGCCCGCGGCCGAGAGAGAGAAGAAGGGAGGGAAAGAGGUGGGAUUCGAGGAGGAUGGAGAAGGCGCUGACGAAAGUUGGGAGCUUGAAAGUAGGGAGCAUUUGGAUUUCGAAGAAGGCCAAAGAGGAGAUCUCCUCCAUUGGUGACGACCUCUCUCGGUUCUCAAAUACUGUGGAAGAGAAGGCCAAAUGGAUCUUUGAAAAGCUGAAAGGGAAGCCACCGAAACCCCUACCAGAUCUUCUCCGUGAAUACGGGCUACCACAAGGCCUUUUCCCAAGGAACAUAAUAUGCUAUGAGUUUGAUGAAUCAAAAUCAAAGUUAAUUGUUCACCUGCCUUCCCCCUGUGAGGUCAGCUUCAAAGAUUCCUCUGUGCUAAGGUAUGCCACUCGUGUCAAAGCGGUCUUGACAAGAGGGAAGCUAUCUGGGAUCGAAGGAAUGAAGACCAAGGUCCUGGUUUGGGUUAAAGUUACCCAUGUGGGUGUUGAGAGCUACAAAUCUGACAAGGUCUGCUUCACAGCUGGUGUGAAAAAAUUGAGGCCUAAGGAUGCUUAUGAGAUGCCUCGUGAUUCAAUCAAAGUAGAAGAGUUUUAAGGUGAUGGCACCAAUUCUCUGUUUUUACUGUGGUGUAUCCUGUUUGUGAUCAUUUUAAAAAUCAGAAAGGCUACUGUGUAUCUCAGUGCAGUUGCAAUGACCUUAUUGAUGGAUGGAUAUUAAUGUAAGAGAAGUAGAGUUCUGUUCUCUUUAUUUUUCUUUCAAUGAUGUUUUAGAUA